AUGAGAGAGAUCAUAAGCAUACACAUUGGUCAGGCCGGAAUUCAAGUUGGCAAUGCUUGCUGGGAGCUUUAUUGCCUCGAACAUGGCAUUCAACCCGAUGGUUUGAUGCCUAGUGACAAAUCCUUUGGUGUGGCAAACGACUCUUUCAACACCUUCUUUAGUGAAACCAGCGCUGGGAAGCACGUACCCAGGGCUGUUUUUCUGGAUCUUGAACCCACUGUUGUCGAUGAAGUUCGGAGUGGGCCCUACCGGCAGCUGUUCCAUCCAGAGCAACUCAUUUGCGGUAAGGAGGAUGCUGCCAACAACUUUGCCAGGGGACACUACACAGUUGGUAAGGAUAUCAUUGACCUUUGCCUGGAUCGCGUGAGAAAGUUAGCCGACAACUGCACUGGUCUUCAAGGCUUCUUGGUGUUCAAUGCCGUGGGUGGUGGCACUGGCUCCGGCCUCGGCUCUUUGCUCCUCGAGCGCCUCUCCGUAGAUUAUGGCAAAAAAUCAAAACUUGGCUUUACCAUUUAUCCAUCUCCCCAGGUUUCAACUGCAGUGGUGGAGCCAUAUAACAGCGUUUUAUCGACUCACUCUCUGCUAGAGCACACAGAUGUAGUAGUCCUUCUGGAUAACGAAGCAAUUUACGAUAUUUGCAGGAGAGCCCUUGACAUCGAGAGGCCUACCUACACCAACCUAAACCGCUUGAUUUCCCAAAUAAUCUCAUCCCUAACCACCUCGUUAAGGUUCGACGGUGCUAUCAACGUGGACAUCACAGAGUUCCAAACAAACCUCGUCCCGUACCCGCGCAUCCACUUCAUGCUCUCGUCUUACGCUCCCGUCAUCUCAGCAGCCAAGGCCUACCACGAGCAGCUAUCCGUCCCGGAGAUCACAAGCUCGGUUUUCGAGCCGUCGAGCAUGAUGGCGAAAUGCGACCCUCGACACGGAAAGUACAUGGCUUGCUGCCUAAUGUACCGUGGGGAUGUUGUACCGAAGGACGUGAAUGCGGCCGUGGCCACCAUCAAGACGAAGCGCACGAUUCAGUUUGUGGACUGGUGCCCGACGGGGUUCAAGUGCGGGAUUAAUUACCAGCCUCCGGCGAUGGUCCCGGGCGGGGAUCUGGCGCGGGUGCAGCGGGCGGUGUGCAUGAUAAGCAACAACACGGCGGUGGCGGAGGUUUUUUCACGCAUCGACCACAAGUUCGAUCUGAUGUACGCGAAGAGGGCGUUUGUGCAUUGGUACGUGGGGGAAGGGAUGGAGGAAGGGGAGUUUUCCGAGGCAAGGGAGGAUCUCGCUGCGCUCGAGAAGGAUUAUGAAGAAGUCGGUGCAGAGGAUGCAGGAGAAGAUGAGGAUGAGGAUGGAGUAGAGUACUGA